GCGUCGGUGGCGUGUGACAUAAUACGUGUAAAAUCAAAACAAACUCCUUUAGAACAACACUGUUUUUCGUCACGUUCUGUAAUUUAUUAUUGAAAAUUAAUGUGAUUUCGAGAAGCUGUUGGAUUACACAAAAACUAUGCUCGAUAAGGCUUUGUCGAUAAUAGCGCGCCGGAGUGUUUCCCGCCCGGUGCUCUUUUGUGCGCGCAAUUUCAGUGCGAAAAUCUCGGAGAACGUUUCGGACAAGAAGGACCCUCAAUCGAACGAGAAGCUAAUCAAAGUGGCAAUCAUCGGUGUGCCGAAUGCCGGCAAAAGCACAUUAAUCAACCAUCUGAUUAAUCACAGGGUUUGUCCCACAUCGAUGAAAGUUCAUACAACGCGAAGCACGGCUAGGGCCAUACAAAGCCGUGCCAACUCACAGCUGGUACUGUUCGACACUCCCGGAUUGGUUGGUGACAACCAGGCAAAGAAACAUCACAUUGAUGCUAAUUUCCUCUCGUCUUGCCGCCACGCGGUCCAGAAUUCCAAUCUGAUCGGAGUCGUUCAUGACGUUUCCAAUUCGUGGACCCGCAGCACCCUCAAUCCAGUCAUGGUGGACGUGCUGAAGAGCUACAGCCACAUCCCCAGCUUCCUCAUACUGAACAAGAUCGACACACUCAAGUCCAAACGAGUCCUGCUGGACAUUGUAAAGAGUGUCACAAAUAACGAAUUGCAAAGCAUAAAAAACUACCACAUCAAGGAGCGCAAAAGCACGCACGACAAAUUUCAAAAGGAAGUAAAAUCAAAGGUUACUGUCGCGGAAGUGUGGCCCCAUUUUACGGAAAUUUUCAUGGUGUCAGCUGUCACUGGGGACGGUUUGAAAGAGGUGAUGAAUUUUAUUUACUCGCAUGCCAAAAGCGGUCCCUGGGAACAUUUGGCCUCCGAAACCACCGAUCAGACACCGGAACAGUUGAUUGUGCAAAGUGUUCGGGCCCGUUUGCUGGAUUACCUCCCACAAGAGAUUCCCUACGGUCUGAUAACGGAGCUGGAGUUUUUCGAGAAUAUCAAUGGGAAGAUGUUUGCCAGCGCGGUGGUGACUUGUCCAAGUGAAAGACUGGAACGGUUGGUUUGUGGAGAAGGGAAUGGGAAGUUGCGACAGAUUACAGAACGCGUAACAUCCGAUUUGAUUGAAACGUUUACAGUUCCGGUUGUGUUAACAAUUGUGACGAGAGUGCAGCACAAAGAAAAAUAAUUGUGCAAAUGGAUGCUGCUACAUAAAACUAAUUUGAAAUAAUA